GACGAGAGCUCCCCUGUCGUAGCUUCUGAGGAUGAAAAACACGAGCAGGAAAAAUGAGUUGAGGCGCCAUUGUCUGGCACAGGAUACCCAACCAAAGCAUUGAAGUGACGGCCAAAAUCCCUCAGCAUGGUCGCUCCACCACCUCGAUGCUGAGCACCCGCGCCGCCGCCGGCGCUCGCGCCACGACCCUCACCAUCGACGGGCUAUGGCACUGUCUGUGCCCCUCAGUCGACCCGGCAGCUCUCGUCAGGGCUCUGGCGGCACCCUGCGCCUUAACCCCGGCCAGACCACGCCCGCUGCAGCCCAGUCGCUGUCAACGUCGACUCUACUCCUCGGCGACCCCGACGCCCUCUCCCGACCCCGCGCACGCCCGUUCGAGCCCCAACCCAUCCCCGCCGCCACCGCAAACACCACCGCCAGAGCCCGACUUCCCGAAGCUUAGCGACUUCUGGGGCCGCCACGGCCACGGCGUGGAGGACCGGGUUCAGUUCACGCUGACGCAGGCGCAGAGGAAGGUGGCGGCGGAGCGGCGCCACCUGGCGGAGCGGCGCAAGAGCCUGGAGCUGCUGCGCACGCUGCGCAACAGCCCCGACCUCGCCAACCACGCCGUCGCCUGGGCCAAGCGCCUGCGCCGCGACAUCUCGCCCAAGAACCGCUCCGGCUACCACCCGCUGGCCUUUGACAUACUCAUACGCUCGCAGGCCAACCGCCGCGGGAGCGCUGGCACCGUGCGCCACCUGCUCCGCCAGAUGCAGGACGUCGGCGUCGACCCCACCCAGGAGGUGUACGGCAGCGCUCUGCGGGCUCUCACCAUCCACCCGGACUACGAACUGCGGAAUUGGAUCCUGAAAGACAUUGAGAAGCGGGGCCUCGGCCUCAGGUUGGAGGACCACCACAGCAUCGCUAUAGGUCUUCUCCGUGACGGGCAGUACGAGCUUGCGCUGGACAAGCUGGAGUCCAUGGUCAAGACUCUGGUGCGUGUGCCGGACUGGGUCUUCGACGUCUUUACAUAUACGUUCACGGAGCUAGGCUUCUACCACGAGGUAUUCCAAAUAAUCCAGCACCGACUGGAGCGAGACGAUGGGCGCGAGCCACCCGUCAUACUGUGGUAUUAUAUCCUGGACAGCUGCUCGCGCGGGCUGCACUACGAGGGCACCAAGUUCGUGUGGAACCGGGUGGUCGAGACGAACCAGCUGAACCCGCCCGACGGCGUGGUGCUCAACGUGCUCAACACGGCGUCCGGGGCGGGCGACACGGCGCUCGCGACGCAGUCGAUCCGGCUCCUGGCCGCGCGCGGGACCAAGCUGGGCCUGCACCACUACGAGCCCCUGAUCGAGUGCUACUCCGGGUCGGACGAGUUCGAGAACGCGCUGCGGGUGCUUUGCAUCAUGGCCCAGGCCGGCAUGGAGCCCGACUCGGGCAGCACGCGGUCCAUGUUCCAGCUCCUGCAGCGGCUCGAGCGCGAGACGGUGGUGCACGGCAUGCCGCGGCUGCUCUUCCGCGCCAAGGAGCGCAAGGAGAAGGUGCCCGUGGCGGCCGUCAACGUGGUCAUGGAAGGCAUGCUCCACCACGGCGCGCGGCGCGAGGCCAUCGACCUGUACAAGGGCAUGCGCCGCGUCUCGCCCUCGGGGCCCAACCUGGCCACGUUCGACAUGAUGCUUCGCAUGCACGAGCCCGACCCGCGGCUCGCGGCCUUUUUGGCCGCCGAGAUGGCGGCCCUGGCCAUCAAGCCCGGGAGGGAGACGUACGACCACAUGGUGCGCGUCUACGCCGAAAAGGGCAGCCUCGAGACGGCCCUCCGCUACCUCGACGAGAUGGGCAACGCCUUCUCGCGCGACCUCCGCCGCCGCGGCUGGCUGACCCCCUCGACCGCCGUGACGCUGCUGCGCCGCUGCAUCGCCGAGGAGCACGCCGCCACCUGGGCCAUCAUCGAGGAGUGCGAGGCCCGCGGCCAGACCAUCGCAAACACGGCCCGCAAGAUGCUCUGGGAGAAGUCCCGGGCCGACGGCGGCGCCAGCUCCUGGGGGCCGCCGCCGAAGCGAAAACAGCAGCAGCAGGAGCAGUGGCCCGCCAGGGACUGGGUGGGCGGCAGUGGCGCCGCCGAGGCUGCGAGCGGCACGGGCCAGGCCGAGGAGAGCACCGCCCAGAAGGUGGGGGGUGAUGCCGCCCAGGCCGAGAGCAGUACCGGCUCUAGGGACACGGCCGGCACCGCGGAGGACUUCUUCGGCCCGGUGGACCCUUCUCCCGGGAACGGUACCGCCAGCGCCGAGGCGGCCUCGCCCGCCACAGACGGUGAUGCCAGCGGUGAAAACGGACCUAGGGGCCAGGACAGCUAGGUAGCGAGUUGGGUAUAUGCGGAGAUGUAUCUGUUGGGGUAAUAUGUCGUCUGGCGCUUGCUAGGCUCACCAAGAUGUAUUAUCCACACAUCUUUCUCCGCCUGGCCGUUUCGUCAAAUAAACAAGCAAGCUCUCCCCGGUUGUGGCCUUUUACUCAACCGACAUGCCGAGCUCGAGUAACAAAGUGGCCCGCACCCCUCGCGCAAGGGGCGGGGAAUGUGGACGGGAGUGAGCCCCAUCCUGUUCCAUCUAGCCCAGGUAUAUCUAUAUCUAGGCCCAAGGCGGACACCCAACAUAAAAAAAAACAUAGGUUGUAC